GUCCAUCACCAGAGCCUACUACAGGAACUCGGUUGGCGGACUCCUCCUCUUUGACAUUACAAACCGCCGGUCCUUCCAGAACGUCCACGAGUGGCUGGAAGAGACCAAGGUGCACGUCCAGCCCUACCAGAUCGUCUUUGUUUUGGUGGGUCACAAGUGUGACCUCGACACGCAGCGGCAAGUCACCAGGCACGAGGCUGAGAAACUGGCUGCUGCAUAUGGUAUGAAGUACAUUGAGACCUCCGCUCGGGAUGCCAUUAACGUGGAGAAGGCCUUCACUGAUCUGACUCGAGAUAUAUACGAGCUUGUUAAAAGGGGGGAAAUUUCGAUCCAGGAGGGAUGGGAAGGGGUAAAGAGUGGGUUUGUCCCAAACGUAGUGCACUCUUCAGAAGAAGUGGUGAAAUCAGAUAGGCGGUGCUUGUGCUGAGCUCUUCUAGUGAGAGAAGUGGUGAUGAACUCUACUAACCAAGCGUACUUUACUAAGUGAACUCAGUGUGCCAGAAGGGAGAGCAAUGCUCCCGUUGUGAACAGCCUCCCACCUUUUUUUGGACACGAGAACAGACCCAGGAAAUAAAUGUUCUGUUCCAUACAACUUUUCAGAACUGGGGGCUACAAACCUAACAGAGAGUGAGUGAGGGUGCAUGUAGAUAUUGAGCAAGCAGAAAUGAGGGACGGCAGAAGGGGGCAGAGCACACAAUUAGGUCUGAAUGGGCUGGCAUGUGCCACAGUGCUGUACGUGUCCUGUUUUAAGUAACUCUAUAGCUCCGUGCUGGGUGCUGAAGCCACGGUAUGGAUAGUGCUGUAGUAUGAGAAUCAGCAGAGAGAAAGAAAGAGGACAUCUUAGUUUGCAUCAGCUGCUUAUUACCAGGAAGUUGUGAAGGCAGCACGGUACCAUUUCCUCCUCAGGCCAGUGGCACAGGAAAAGUUUACAGAUGUGGUAUGCAUACUUCUGAUUUUCUUUUCUUACAUUUUUGAACCUAGUUCAAUAGUAAAGAGUAUUCUGUGGCAUUUAAAGAGGAAAACAGUAGUUAUUUGAUUGGUAAUUACAAUUUAAACUAUUUCCCCAAGUGUUUUUCAUGCUGUAAACUGGGAUUCUUAGUGGCAACGCCUGCUCCAUUAGUAAUUAUUCGAUACGUUUUUUAAAUAUUUACUGCCUCAGUGUGUACGUCAAUGUACCCUCAGUUCAGGGCUUUCCGAUUUAAAUAAGUGAUCAGGAGCAUAAAGAGAAAACCUCGUGCUCAUCUGCUGUAUCUUGAGGCUGGAGCAUGGCACCUGGGUGGGACACACCAACAUUUGUCUGCUGACAGCACGGUGCUGACAUUUCAGGUGCCUUGCAGCUGGGGCCUCAAGGAGGAGUGGAACGGAGUUGGGCAGGGGAGGGGAAACUUGAAAAGCUUAACUCAGGUGCAUCCACAAGGUGAGAUUUGCUUUUAAAGAAUUUAAAUAGCAUGGAAAGCAAUGACUUCCAUCACUGCUUUCUGCUGUUAAAGUGUCAUUUUCUUUCUUGGCAUCUGUGGAAGAAGAGAACUAGAACUGAGGAGGAGGAGCAGAAGUGUGUGAGCAGGAGGAAAAGGAAAGCCCCAGGACGAGCUCAAGAGUAAAAUUUGUUUUCCUCCAUGUUUUAAUUUGACAAGAGAUGAUCCAUCUCAGGUAAGCAAGGCUGGAGAAGAUUGAUGCAGAGCACCACAGGAGCUGGGCUACCAUGGGCUCUCUACCUUCAGCUUCUGCUGACGCCAGUGGGGAGCACAAGGUUUGCUCAGACCGGGACUGCUAGUCCUGUUCUCACAAAGACGAGGGCAAAACAGGUAUGAAAGGGUCAGUUUUCUUAUUCUCCUUCUUUCUUUCAAGGUCUGGCUACUCACAAGGUGUGGCUUAGGUUGCCUCGCUGAUGGUAGCAGCUGUCCUAAAGGGCAGAGCUUGAGUGCUCCGUUAAAGGCAGUUAAAACUUGAAAAAGAUCAGAGUUUUAGCAGUAGUAAAACCCCGUGAGCCUCUGUGCAGGAGCCCGGCCAGCAGGGAAAAGCUCAGUUUUCACAAGACAACCGCUACUUCGUGUAAUGGCUGUGGACAUUCCGCUUCUCUCUCUCUCUCUGAGUCUUUCUGCUCCCAGAGAGAAAUUCCAGGAAACCUAAGUAAGCAAGCACGUACAUUCAGGCCUUCAGAGUAAGUACUUGAUUUAUAAAUAUGUGUCAUAAUCCCGAAGAGGAACAGUACGGAAGAAAAUGUAUGCAGUCCUUACUUAGAGGUAAUAAAUGGUUAUAUUAAAUGAUAGAGAAAUCAUUAUAUACAUCUUUUUCUAACUCCUUGCAUUUUUUUAGACAGCUUAUUAAAAUAUAGGAAAUGUAGAUUCAGCUGUACAAAAUUUGGAAUGUUUUUUCUAAGAUGAAGAACUUACAGGAUAUGCUGAGCAUUCUUUUCUAACAACUGGUUUUAAUGCUUUGACUUCUAGUGCAGGAGGGAUUUAGAGAAAUCAAAGGUCAUAACCUUUCACGGGAUAAAGGUCAGGAGCUCUUUUACUCUAGGACUAAAAGAAAAAAAAAAGAAAAAAAAGGAAAGCUAACUUAGUGGUGUCUGCCACACGUUAAAAACAAUCUGCAUGUUAGAUUCAAAUUGCUCUGAACCUCCCCAGUAAAAACAUACUCUACACUUUCCUUGCUUUCUGUUAUGCACUGUAAUGAAAUGUGAAAAUAAUGCUGUAUUUAGCUGUCUGUACGUGACUGGAAAUAUGCUUGUAUUUAGCAAAAUGGUUACUAUGUGAUACUGUGAAAUUUAAAACUUGUAAAGAGACUCUGUUGGUAUUUUUCUUUCCCCCUCCCCGUUCCUUCUCAGUAAGCUAUCUCAUACCUGUACCGCUUCUGUACAGCAGCCCUAACUGGAAAUCUGGUGAGGACCAGCUCAACAAUAAACAGGAUCUUUGCAA